AUGGCAUACGAACAGCGUGGUGAGCGCGACUUUGGAGGGCAGGGAGGAGGUGGUGGGUUUGAAGCCGGCGGUGGUUUUGGUCGCGGUCGUGGCAGACGUCCAAUUACUGACUAUGGCUCAACUAUGGUACACUGGAUGCGGAAUCGGCAACCCAGGUUUAAAGGAGGGUACCAAGGAGAAAUGGAGAGGCCAAGCGCCAGCUAUAUUGUGGAUAUGUUACCUCCCUUAGCUAGGCUUCACAAUCCAGCAGACUCAAUACCGUCUAAGCACCUCCAUUCGUCACUAAACAAGAUCAAGCAUCCAGUCAAUGUAGUGCGUUGGACGCCAGAAGGACGAAGAUUACUAACAGCCUCCAGUAGCGGAGAGUUUACUUUAUGGAACGGAACUGGGUUUAACUUUGAGACAAUCAUGCAGGCACAUGAUGUGGCUAUCCGAGCAUUAGCUUACUCUCACAGUGAUGACUGGCUAGUAUCUGCUGAUCAAGAUGGUAUCAUCAAGUAUUGGCAACCUAAUUUCAACAACGUCAAAGUCAUUCAAGGACAUGGUGAUGCUAUUCGAGCUUUGUCAUUUAGUCCAAAUGAUACAAAGUUUGUCACCGCUUCUGAUGAUUCCUUCUUGAAAAUUUUCGAUUUUGCUGGAGGGGUCGAGGAGAAAGCUAUCAGAGCCCAUGGAUGGGAUUCUAAGACAGUUGACUGGCAUCCAACCAAGGGACUCAUAGUCUCAGGCUCGAAAGAUCAUACUGUCAAAUUAUGGGAUCCACGUAUGGAUCUGACAGUGUACGAGCCCAAAGAUGUAGUAAAGCCCUUAGCAAUACUCCGUGGCCAUCACAACACUAUCACCAGUACCAUCUUCGAACGGGUCAGGGGAGACUGUCUGGCAACAUCGGCACGAGACAAUGUAGCUCGGGUAUUUGACCUUCGAAUGAUGCGUGACAUACUAUUCAUCAAAGGCCACGAGAAAGAAAUCUCGACCAUGACCUGGCAUCCGAUCCACUCGUCUCUGCUUAGUACUGGUGGAGGAGAUGGAUCAAUGAUGCAUUAUCUUCUUGAUGAACCAAAUAAUCCACCUGGAGUAGCUCCAACAAUCGCUGCCUACGAUGCUACAGACCCAACUACCGCACCAGCUCAAUCAAUAUAUCCUGCUCACAAGAUCCCAUACGCCCACGACUUUCCUAUCUGGUCUCUGGACUGGCAUCCGCUUGGUCACAUCCUCGCAUCCGGAUCCAACGACCGAGUUACCCGUUUCUGGACGCGCGCUCGUCCAGGAGAAACGGAUUCCUUCAACGACCGCUACCACAUUGGUGAAGCCGCAGCCGAAGCCCAAGGAACCUGGGACCGUCGCGGAAACCGUCGUCAACGACAAGAAGAAGAAGAGCAGGAAGCCGAAGAUGAGAUGGAAGGGCUCGUCGACCAAAAGAUGCCAUCUAAGGCCUCUGGCUUGCCAGGAAUUCCAGGUCUCCCAGGCCUUACUGCUGGAAUCCAGAUUCCAGGUAUGGGAAGUGUUAUUCCACCACCUCCUUUCGCCAACCCAGGAGUCCCGCCUCCUCCACCGGGCAUGGAUCUAAGCAACCCACCCGAUUUCGCACAAUUAGCCGAGAUGAUGAAGAAAGCUGGAAUUCCCCCUCCGACUGCGAACGGGCAGUUCCCACCUCCACCCCCAGGAAUGUUACCACCCGGUCUUCUACCACCCGGCGGUUUCCAGAUCCCUCCUGGAUACAUGCCACCUCCCAAUAUGACUGGCGGUCCCCCUCCUCCGCCACCAGUUCAAUUUACUGGUGGAAUACCCGGGAUGAGCGUCCCUGGAUUGGGGACGCAAAGUGAGGCAGAGACUGCUUCGGCGGCGUCUAUUAGACGGAGAGGUCCGUUGCCUAGUCAAGAGGAGAGUUUGCAGAUGGAGCAGAGGAAGGGGAAAUAUACUCGUGCGAGAUAG